ACGUCGUCAAAUUUAAGUGCAUGCGACAAAAUGUCUAAGCAAGGUGAUUUGCACAUGAAGCUGCAGCGCGCAUGCAAAGAUGCGUAUUCAGAAUUAUCCGCAGCUGCCGUUCAGGAGAAAGCCAACAAAGUUUGGAGAGAACUCAAAGCUGCGAAUAAAUUAUUCGAUGAUUUGCAAAAUGCGGUUAAUGUUAAAAUUAACAAAUAUGAGGCAGAAAAGUUAAGAAAACGCAGUAAAUAUAGUAUGUUCUUCAGUGCUACUGUGUCGAAUUCAUCAUCUACGCCAUAUCAUGCAGAACAAAAGCCUUCUACGACCUGUGGCCAGGAAUCGAUGACAGCUUCUCCUUCUGAAAGCCAGAUCCCGGAUCUCGGAAUAAACCCGCAAAAAAGGCCGACCCCGUCUCAAGACCAAACUUCGUCAGAAGUAUCGGCUCUUCUAGCCAAACAAAAUGCUCUGAUAGCUGCUCGCGAUGCCGGUUUGGAUGAUGAUUCUGUGGCGAAGAUUAGGAAACUGAAGGAACAAAUCAAGAAAAAGCAGCAGGCUCUUAAAAGGAAACGUAAAAAUGCCGAAUAUCAGAAAACGUUUCGGGAUAAAAGACGAGAUGCGCUCAAAAAGUGUAUUUCUAAUGAUCCUAAUACUAUCCGAUCUGUACACAUCCAGAACGAUCCUGGUCGUCCUCGCGUUGAAAAGGAUGGUAUGAUUCUAGAGGCUAUCGUGGACUUGGUGCUUUUGAAAAGUGCUGCUGACGCUAAACGACGUACGGAAAUGAUACGUACGUAUCGCACUCUGGAUGACCUACAUGGAGCAAUUGUGGACCUCGGGUUUUCAAUAUCUAGAAGUGGGUUGUAUCUAAGACUUCUUCCGAAAACUCUUCAACCACCGAAGGAAAAAGGCACAUAA